CAUUCACUGAGUUGAUCUCUUAUCUAUAGCGGGCAGCAUCAGGUAAAAAAAAGUUAUUUAGCCUUCCCAAACCUGAGCCUCACGCGCCGCCUAUGAUUGUCUCUUAUUUUAACUUCCUCCUGGACGCGAGAACAACGAGCAAAAAUCAACACCAGCAGAAAGAGCCUCUUGUAGGAGAAGAACAUGUAUUUAUGGCGCUUCUCCAUCGCCAUAACCCUGGGCUUGGUGUGGUAUUUUUCAUGCGGUCGCUCGGUGACUCAGUACAUUUUGUGUAUCUUCUUUUGUUUUUCUUCUUCACUUUUAUUCGAAAACAGUGGAAGAGAGAGCAGCACUCAGACUGAUGAAGAGACAGUGGAACAUCCAUUCCAGGAAGCUGCUGAGGGACAGUUGUUUGGUGAUUUAUGUGACUUUGCAAAAAGCAGCGUGCAUGCUGAACCUCUGGAGUCUCAGUAUCCACAUGUGAAGAAGUCUCUACAGCAAGUGUUCGAAUGUGCCUACGCCCAGCUGGUCCUGCCUUGGUACGGCGUUCCUGAGCAGCGCGAGCAGCAGCCUCUGCACAAGGUGCUCAGCGGAGAGUUCAACUUUGUAAUAGACCGGAUCAUCGACAGAGCCAAAGACUUUGAUGUCUGCCAGGCGGUCGUGGCCUCUGUUCCUAUUCUGACCCAGCACUUACAUAAUGCCAAGCAGGCUGACAGGGAACUCUUGUUCAGCUCCAGAGCAGAGGAGAUCGCAGUCCUCCGGGUGUUUUCUGAUGCUCUAGUACGUAACCUUUUCCCAAAACCUCUCUGGGGCCAUGAAGUCAACCGCUGUGCCUUAUAUGAGAUUGUUGCCUUAAAGGGGCUGGGCCUGCUGGUGACAUGGCUGUCGGACCCCGACAACCUGAACCAGAUGGUGGUGAACCAGCUGGACCGUGUGACUCCCAAAGCCAACAAGUUAAAAGAAGGAUGGUCUAAAUUUGUGGACAAGGUAAAAUCUAAGAAGGCCAAAAAGAAGAAGAUGGAGCGGAGGGUCUUGGCGCCCAACGAGGACGAAGUCGACGGCAGAGAGUGCUCGCUCCACAGCCCGCACGACUCUGACAGGGAGGACAGUGAUCUGGAGACGAGCGUCCAAGAGGACAUGAUGAUCAGGUUGUUGUAUGAGAUGUGGCGCGCUGGCAGCUGGGCUGUCAGCAUCCCUCAUGCUGAGUGGGAUGGCGAGGAGCUAAUCUUCACCUUUCACCUGGAGGAGAAGGGCAGCCCGGAGAACCUGCAGUGGGACAUCAAGAAGACAUACAUGGAUGUCAUAUACUUCCGCAACAGAUGGCAGGACUCGACCAGCCUGCCCACGAUCCUGCUGCUGCAGAAGUGGGAGGUCAACGCUGAGGUCAAAGAAGAAGCCAGAGUAUCAGUGGAGCACUUUCUGCAGGCGUUAGUUUCUGCUAAUCUGAUCAGCCAAACUCAACCAGUUUUUCAGUUCCUGUGCCCACUCGACAAGCUGCUGAACGAGGAGGAACAUUACGGAGGCGUGUGGGGCCUCCUGAGCGGCCUGGCUUACUUCCUGACUCCAGGUCAGGAGGAAGAGGAGAGCUCCAGCCCACAGACAGAAGCCCCCAAAGACAUCAUAACACCGUUUUUGCAUCCAGAAUCAACAGCUCUGCCUUCAGAAACCGCUGCUGCCUCUACUGAGGAGGGCAGUGAUGUUCCUGAUGGUGUUAUCACUUCUCCACGAAGGGAGAACCUCCAGGGUCAGAAGAGCCAAGUCAACUUGGAGCAGCUGGAAGCGACCGAAGCCAUAUUUGAUCUGCUGAAGGAAAUAUCUGGAAACUCCAUCCGAGUGAAGUUUGUUGCCUUUUCGAAACGUUGUGGGCCCUUCUUGAAAUGGAUAGUGAACUCUUUCCUGGACAAGAUGAACCCAACAGAAUUGCAGAUGGCGGGUUAUAUCGACACACUGCGGAACAAUCAGUGGCCAGAAAUCAAACCUGCAGCACCUCAUCAUGCUCGCAGCGAGGAGGAGAAGAGCGAGACGAGGGACCGGGCGCACGGCCUGAUCAACGCCAGAUAUUACUACAUUAAUCUAAUCCCGAAGAAGGACAUGGAGGCUGUUUUUAAUCUUUUCCAGGACAGAGAGGGAAACCAAACGCUGGUAUAUAUGCUCCUGUCAUACCUGAUGAGGAAAUUUCUUCCCAACGAUGUGAGCGUCGCUGCCCUCCAGAAAGUGACCACCUCCCCCCUGCUGAUCUGUGAAUUCCCCUGAAUAUCUGUGACCAUUUCUGUAUCAAUGUCGAACAUUCCUCUCUGCUGUUUUUACCUCAAACGUACUGUAAACAGUUUUGUGUUUAUCCUUUUGGUUUUUAUUUUUGAACAGUAAGUAAUUAACCCUGACUUUAAUCUUUGUGAAAUCAGAGACAUUCUUUAUGGGAUCAAGCUUUACACAUUUUGCUUUUAUUGUAAAACUCACAGGAGAAAGUAAGAAUUACACCCUUCAAAGUUAAAGUUGAAUUACAUAUUAGAAAGUAUUUUGUGUCACUUUGAGCACUUGUUUUUUGGUGAGAGUGUUUGUUUUCUGAUUAAGUUUUAUAUAAUAGAAGAUGCCACGAUUACCUUUAUCUGUCAGUGGACAGUGCCACUACCAAAGGAAACUGUUGAUGUUGUUGAAGAAAGGAAGAAAAUGGAACAAUGUACUUAAUUAUAUAAAGCUUAAAUAUGCUAAAAACUGUGUUAAAACUCUGAAUGUCAUAGUCAUGUAUCGUAUAGUUUUAACGGUUUAGCAAUAUAAACAGGAUGUAUAACACAAAUCCUUAAAAACAUAGGUACUCAUAAACAUAGAUAUAUAUAAACACUAGAUGACUCACCCGCGCUGCUGGCCAAUGGAGACCGACGUUGCCACAUGGCGGCCAUCUUGCCACAGGCUCGCUCAUUCAUAACAUUAUGUCUAUGGUGCACUAUUGAAAUAACCGUAGAUUGCUCAAUUUUCAACCAAUUUUCAAACGGUUUGGUUUGUUAUAAACAUCAAAGAUGUAGUUAUGAUACUGCAUACUUAUAAUUAUAAUCAUGAACUUUUUUUUCAACAUGUCUUGUUGUCUCCUGUAUCAUAGCCAUGCUAAUAACGUUUAUAAUAAACCAAACCGUUUGUAGAUCAGUCAAGAUUUCAGCGAGUUAAGAGUAUUUUUGUGCAGAUCACUCACCUUACAACAGCUGUAGCAGUAGUUGUUGACUGUGGCAAGAUGGCCGCCGGUGAGCUACGCUGGCGACUCCCCCUUGAGCCAUCUAGUGUUUAUAUAUAUCUAUGCUCAUAAAGACCUAUAGUACGCACUUCCCCUUUCGAGGAGAACAUCUGUUAUGUAUUUCCUCGCUGGAAGUGAACAGUUAACCACAGCAACGAAGAAGGACAUCUCUAAACGCACCAGCUUGCACGCAAAGCAUGUGACGAACCACGUGUCAAACCAUGUGACAAGCCGCGGGAAAGAAGAGGAUAAAAGAAGACUGAAGAACAUCGGAGAGCAGUUCCUCUUUGAACCCAGUUCGAACUUGAACUCUCCAGCUUGUUUAGAAAGCCACGGAAGACGAUCGAAUACUUACUCAUAGUGAGGCAAAAAUCUCGGAUAUAAUAUGUAUCUGGGCAAAACGCAUUUCAUUUUUUAUUGAUGUGUGGUGUUAUAACUUGUGAAACUUUAAUAAAACUGUUCCCCGAGACAUUAUAUUCA